AUGAGUGGCUGUCUGUGUUACACGUACUUUGCUCUGUUCAAUUCCCACAACACAACACAAUGUUACUGCGUUCUUUCUUUGUUCUACUACUACACACGAUUCGUCGCAGCUAUAAUGGCAGCUUCUUUCCAUUCCUUCACGUUCUCCUUCUCACUCUCAAAUACUCUUCACAACUCACGUUCAUCUUCAGUCCCAUCUAUGAUUUUUCAUCACAGUAAACACUCUUCAUUCAAUGGCCAAUCUGUAAACAUGCAACGUUUGAGGCUAUCCAAGCUAAAGAAAAAUCCUCCGACACACAUGCCUGUUAUCAUGAUGAUGGUCAAACCAACCAUACAGUUCAUCAAGGGAACUGAUGAACAGACAAUACCAGAUGUGAGGCUUACUACAUCACGUGAUGGAACAAAUGGUAUGGCCAUCUUCAAUUUUGAUCAACCCUCAGUUUUUGAUUCUUCUCGUGAAGUUGGUGAUAUCACUGGUUUAUACAUGAUUGAUGAGGAAGGGGUCCUUCAGUCUGUUGAUGUUAGUGCUAAGUUUGUCAAUGGAAAACCCUCAGGAAUUGAAGCCAAGUAUGUGAUGCGGACUCCACGGGACUGGGACAGAUUUAUGAGAUUCAUGGAACGAUAUUCUGAUGCAAAUGGCUUGCAAUUCAUUAAAAAAUAA